AUGGAGCAAUUAACAAGUGUGAAAGUUCUCCAGGUUUGCACUGUGACACCAUCACAGGGAGCAACAACCAAUUCCUCCACCCCAACAUCUUUGCCUCUCACAUGCUAUGACAUAAUUUGGUUAAGGCUUCCCCCAGUUAAACGUCUUUUCUUCUAUGAACUUCCCAACCCAACCAUUUCAUUCUUUGACUCCAUUCUUCCCAAUCUCAAGAAUUCUCUUUCCCUCACUCUCCAACACUUCCUCCCUCUUGCUGGCACCAUCAUUUGGCCCCUUGACUCUCCCCACCCUAUCAUCAACUAUGUCCCUGGAAAUGCUGUUUCCCUCACUAUAGCCGAGUCCAACUCUGAUUUCAACAUACUUUGUUCCAAUACCUGUGAGACUUCUCAACAACACCCCUUGACGCCCCAGUUAGCCAAUUCCCAUGAAAAAGCAUCAGUGAUAGCCCUCCAGGUUACUUUUUUCCCUAGCUCUGGAUUUAGUCUUGGUAUCGUCGCACACCAUGCAGCUAUGGAUGGAAGAGCCUCAACUUUUUUUCUCAAAGCAUGGGCCUAUGUCUGCUCCAAUAACCUCAAAGAAUCUUCAUUAUUGUCAUUGCCAAAACAUCUAACACCCUUCUAUGAUAGGUCAAUGAUAAGAGACACCACAGGGAUUGGUGCAACGUAUCUGAAAGAUUGGCAAGGAGGAUCAAACAACAGGAGCGUGAAGUUGUUCGAUUUUGGCGGUUCAGUGUCAACCGAAUUAAUUAGAGGGUCGUUUGAAUUAACCUCUUCAAAUAUCCAAAAGCUCAAGGAACAUGCAGAACCGAUGCUGAAAGAGAAUGCUCGCUUGUCAACAUUUUUAGUUACAUUUGCUUAUGUGUUGCCAUGUUUGAUCAAAGCAGAACAACCUAAGACCAAUGGAGUGGCGCUUGUGUUCAGUGCGGAUUUAAGGUCUCGCUUGUCGCCACCUAUUGCGUCCACAUAUUUUGGAAAUUGCAUUAGUGGCCUGAAGGUUAUAAAUGAGACAAAGAAGUUGUUGGGGGACGAUGGUUUCAUCAACGUUCUUAAGGGAUUGAAAGAAGCUUUGAAUAGGUUGGAGGAUGGAUGCCUGAGUGUGGCAGAACCUUUAUCUGAGAAUAGGCAAAUUUUAAGGGAUAAAAAACUUUUGGCCAUAUCAGGGUCGCCACGGUUUGAGGUUUAUAGUAUUGAUUUUGGAUGGGGAAGGCCCAAGAAGGUGGAUAUACCUUCUAUAGGAAAGAGUGGAACAAUUUCUUUUUCGGAGAGUAGGAACGAGAAUGGAGGAGUUGAGAUUGGUUUGGUGUUAGACAAACAAGAAAUGGAAGCUUUCACGACUCAUUUUACUGAAGGGCUUGAAUCCCUUUGA